AUGGGCGGCUGUGUGACGUCGUUGAUGGACUACAAGGCUCGCGGCAGCGCGGUGCCGUGGCAGCAUGCGGAGAACUUGAAGAAGUACGGCCCCCUGAGCGUAGCGGUCGCCGGUACGGAGACGCCUACCAGCUCUGCCACCUACCUGAACGGCAAGCAGCCCACGCCGGCAGAUCAGCAGGAGUGUGCAAAGUUGUUUUACAACGGCCCGAACCAGACAGCGAGGUUUGCACAGCUAUGCCAAGAUAACCUCGAUGAUGUCGCUCUCAUGUACCGCAGGAUUGAGAAGACUGUGAAGGAACAGGUGGCGGGAUCAUCGCGGCCGAUGGACAUCACGUACUUCGCCGAGCAGUGCAACCUCAAGUACCGCGAGUUGUGGCAUGCCGUGACUGGCUUCAGCCGUGGCCUCGCCGAGCUGGGGCUCACGAGGCGUGUCAACGUCUCCAUCUACGAGGAGACGCGCUGGGAGUGGCUGGCGUCCAUUUAUGGUAUCUGGAUGCAGGACAUGGUCGUCGCCACCGUCUACGCCAACCUAGGCGAGGACUCUCUUUUCUACGCGCUGCGCGAGACGGAGUGCAAGGCAGUUGUGUGCAGCGGCAAGAGCGUGCCGAACCUGCUGCGCGGCGUCGGCAGUGGUACCUUCCCUGCGUGCACGCUCAUCUAUCUUGACAGCCUGCCGGCAGCAGGGUGCGCGGAGCUGCACGGGUGCCGCGUGGUGUCGUGGAAGGACGUGGUGGCGCUGGGUCACGGCGCGGGUGCGCACCACAGCGUCGCGCUGCCAGAGAACAACGACGCGGUGGCGCUGAUCAUGUACACAAGCGGCACGACUGGUGACCCGAAGGGGGUCAUGCACACGCACGGCAGCAUCACUGCCGGCAUCCUCGCCAUGGACAACUGGCUCUACAGCGUCAUUGAGCCUAGCCCGGAUGAGGUAUACCUCUCCUACCUGCCCAUGGCACACAUCAUGGAGUUCGGUGUGGUGAACAUUCUUCUUGCCCGGCGCGCCCACGUCGGGUUCGGCACCCCGCGUACGCUGACAGACGCCACCGCACGGCCGCACGGCGACCUUACGCAGUUCCGCCCGACCCUGUUCAUCGGCGUGCCGCGUAUCUUCGACACCAUCAAGAGGGCCGUGGAGGCGAAGCUGCCGCCGGUGGGCACGCUCAAGCGAGAGGUGUUCGACCACGCCUACCAAAGCCGGCUGGCGGCACUGAAGGCGGGCAAGGACACGCCGUACUGGAACGAGAAGGUGUUCAAGCUGCCGCGCGCUGCUCUGGGUGGUCGUGUGCGUGCCUUUCUCAGCGGCGGUGGUCCGCUGUCGCCCUCGACGCAGGAGUUCGUGAACGUCGUCUUCGGGAUCAUAGCCAACGGGUGGGGACUCACGGAGACGGUGUGCGUCGGUGCGAUUCAGCGGUUCAGCGACCUGACGCCGUCUGCUGUAGGCCAGGUUCUUGCUUCUGAAGAGCUGAAGCUAGUGGACAUCGAGGAGUACAAGCACACAGACGCACCGCACCCGCGCGGCGAGAUCUGCCUGCGCGGCCCGUUCCUGUUCAAGGGUUACUAUAAACAACCCGAGCUCACGCGUGAGGUGCUGGACGCGGAUGGCUGGUUCCACACCGGCGACGUUGGCAGCGUCGACAGCGAAGGACGCGUCUCCAUAGUGGGCCGCAUCAAGGCGCUGGCGAAGAAUUGCCUCGGCGAGUACAUUGCACUGGAGGCGCUGGAGGCGCUCUACAGCAACCACCCCUUGGUCCUGAACAACUGCCUCUGCGUCUUGGUAGACCCAAGCAAGAACUACAUCUGCGCCCUCGUGCUGACAGACGCCGGCCGGGUGACGCACUUCGCAGAGCAGAAUGGAAUCCGCGGCGAGUACCCAGCCUUGCUAGGGAGCAGGGAGCUACUGGAGAAGGCUGCCACGUCGAUGGCGGAGAUGGCCCGCGCGGCGCGGCGCCGCGAUUUUGAGGUGGUCCGCCACAUUUGCCUUAUCGAGGACGAGUGGUCGCCGGAGAACGGCCAGUUAACAGCGGCGCUGAAACUUAGGCGUGCUGUUGUUGCAAGACAGUACGAGAAACAAAUAAGAAGUUUGUUUGCGGAGUAA